AUGAUAUCGUCGCAUUACGAGAACAACGAGAUCCUGCAAGCUUGGUGGUACAAUUUGUUGGCCCAAAAUUCCGUUAUAUUGAUUGAACGAAUGUUGCAAGCCUGCAGAAACAGAUUUUGCACGUUUCUGCCGUUAUCGCACUCACUUCGGCAAAAUUUACAACAGAUUCUAUCUCUCUCGCUCAUUUUACGACGACUUUUGCUUCAGACAACGGAACUCGCUCGAGCGUUCAAGGUAAUAUCGUUAAACAGACGGUUCUUGUCGCCUUUGGGCAUAUGGCCCACCAAAGUGAAUCGGCCGCUGUUCGUGUUCUUCAUUGUUUACACGACGAUUCACUGCACCAUGGCGGCGGCCCAUCUGAUCAAGCAUUUCACCCAACCGGAUUAUAUCGUCGCGAAUUUGACAGAGAGCUUACUGUUCAUGAUGAUAGUGGGCAAGAUGUAUAUGUGCGAGCGAAGCCGCGGGAUAAUGAUCGACUUUCUCAAUGUCAUUCAGCCCGAUUUCUCAGUCAAGAGUUACAGCAACGCGCGGGAGAAAACGUUGUAUUUGCGGUACAACGAGUUUGCGCUAUUAUUUAUCAAGGCGUCGCUGGGCUUGGCUGGGAGCGCCGCUACGAUGUUUUAUAUUCGGGCGUUUGUCGAACACUGGAGUGCGAUAUCGUCCGGUAACGCUUCGUACGAAUUACCGUACCAGACGUAUCCUUUCUUCGAGAUCCAGGACAUGACCACCUACUUGUGCAUGUGCGUCUAUCAGACAAUUGCCCUGCCACUAAUAGUAUGCGGCUAUUCGGCACCGGACUCCUUUGUACUCAGCAUGGCCCUCCACAUUUGCGGCCAACUCGCCGUUCUAUCGUGCAAAAUCGAAGAUUUGUUGAAGGACCACGUGAAUUAUAAUCGCCAUAUCAAUGCCGUCGUAUUCAGGCAUCAUCAGCUAAUAACAUUAGCAGAGAUCUUGGAAAACAAUUUCAAUAUGAUAUUUCUUCAGCAAACUCUGGGCAGCGUCUUCUUGCUCUGUUUAACUAUGUUUCACAUGCUCACGAAUUCGGAAUACGGCGACACCACUACCGUCGUGGCGUUCUUGAUGUACACAUGCUGCGUGGUCAGUACGAUUCUUGCGUACUGUUACAUAGGAGAGUGCCUCAUUACCGAAGUAAUUAUCGAGCCGAUGCCACAUAAGUCGACAUAGGCAACUGAUUUUUUUCUUUUCUUUUUUCCCCGAUCGACUCUCUCUCUCUCUCUCUCUCUUUGUUUAAUGUCGACGCACACUGUUAAUGGGAGGAAGGUCGCAACUUCGAUAAGCCUCAAAGCGCACUCGAUAUGCAAUAAGAAAUCUCCCGAGAAUUACGAAACGAGACUUCUAAUGGAUGCGUUGCGAAAGAAAAAGCAUCACAACCUUUCUGCUCCAUCGACCAUACUAAUCUUCUUGUUUCACCCAGAGUGUCAGAUUGCGCGACACCUUUUACAACACUGAUUGGUACAAUAAUCCACCGCCGUGCGCGAAGAUGAUCAGCAUUUG